CGGCGCCAGACCCGGCCCCGGCGUCCGGCCGCUCACCCGCAGCGGCUCGUCACCUCCGGGGUCCCAGCCUCCACGGGCCGGGACCGCCGCCGCAGCCGCAGGACGGGGAGGCGGGCCAUGGCGUCCUGCGUGGGGAGCCGGACCCUAAGCAAAGAUGAUGUGAACUACAAGAUGCAUUUCCGGAUGAUCAACGAGCAGCAAGUGGAGGACAUCACCAUCGACUUCUUCUACCGGCCGCACACCAUCACCCUGCUCAGCUUCACCAUCGUCAGCCUCAUGUACUUCGCCUUCACCCGGGAUGACUCUGUCCCAGAGGACAACAUCUGGAGGGGCAUCCUCUCUGUCAUUUUCUUCUUCCUUAUCAUCAGUGUGUUAGCUUUUCCCAAUGGCCCAUUUACUCGACCUCAUCCGGCCUUAUGGAGAAUGGUUUUUGGACUCAGUGUGCUCUACUUCCUGUUCCUGGUGUUUCUCCUCUUCCUGAACUUCGAUCAGGUUAAAUCCCUGAUGUACUGGCUGGAUCCAAAUCUUCGAUAUGCCACAAGAGAAGCCGACGUCAUGGAGUAUGCUGUCAACUGCCACGUCAUCACCUGGGAGAGGAUUAUCAGCCAUUUUGAUAUAUUUGCGUUUGGACAUUUCUGGGGCUGGGCCAUGAAGGCCUUGUUGAUCCGUAGUUAUGGUCUCUGCUGGACAAUCAGUAUUACCUGGGAGCUAACCGAGCUGUUCUUCAUGCACCUGCUGCCCAAUUUCGCUGAGUGCUGGUGGGAUCAGGUCAUCUUGGACAUCCUGCUCUGCAACGGCGGCGGCAUCUGGCUGGGCAUGGUCGUCUGCCGCUUCCUAGAGAUGAGGACCUACCACUGGGCCAGCUUCAAAGACAUCCACACCACCACCGGGAAAAUUAAAAGAGCUGUGCUCCAGUUCACUCCUGCUAGCUGGACCUAUGUUCGAUGGUUUGACCCCAAGUCAUCUUUUCAGAGAGUGGCUGGAAUAUACCUUUUCAUGAUCAUCUGGCAGCUAACUGAGUUGAAUACCUUCUUCUUGAAACAUAUCUUUGUGUUCCAAGCCAGUCAUCCAUUAAGUUGGUGUAGAAUUCUCUUUAUUGGUGGCAUCACGGCUCCCACAGUGAGGCAAUACUAUGCUUACCUCACCGACACACAGUGCAAACGUGUAGGAACACAGUGCUGGGUGUUUGGGGUCAUCGGUUUCCUGGAAGCUAUCGUGUGCAUAAAAUUUGGGCAAGAUCUCUUCUCUAAGACCCAAAUACUCUAUGUUGUGCUCUGGCUUCUUUGUGUGGCUUUUACCACCUUCCUGUGUCUCUACGGCAUGGUUUGGUACGCUGAGCACUAUGGUCACCGAGAAAAGACGUACUCAGAGUGUGAAGAUGGCACCUACAGUCCAGACAUCUCCUGGUCUCAUGGGAAAGGCUCAAAAGGUUCUGAAGACAGCCCACCCAAGCAUCCAGGCAACAACGAGAGCCACUCUUCCAGAAGAAGGAAUCGGCAUGCCAAGUCAAAAGUCACCAACGGAGUGGGAAAGAAAUGAAAACGCCUGGCUCGUCGCAGAUGUCCCAGAGAGUGCCUAGAACUGAGGGGGAAACGGGAUGGUGUGGACCUCCCUGUGCGGAGGGCAAACACGCAGCCAUCAGGACGAGGAGAGGGGGCUCGGGGGUCAUAAUUUGAGAGCGUGAGUCUUGUUUCCCAUAGACCCGGCCACCCUGGGCGGCUCAUUGCCCGGGAUCCUUUGCCAAUUCGGGGUCUCUUCCAACUUCAGCACUUGCCAUGCGGUCACUGGGAGGCGCCCGGAGUGCUGGCGGGUGGGGGCUCCCUCCCUGCCGCC